AAUUUCUUUCAGAUCAGUGGGUGGAAUUCUCGAGCAAAGUCCAAUUGUGAGGAGUUUCUCAGAGUUUUAAUACGACAGUUGUCUCCUUUCUGUUCUUAAAGUUAACCUCAAAGAACCUAUAGUCUUCUAUUCAAAGACUUAACCAGUAUGGAUGACGAAUCCUUGCGAGAAAGUGUGCGUCAAAACCUGAGAACAUGGCUUGAUAAGCUACAGUGUGGAGGGGAUGUUGAGCUGAAAAUGUCAUACAAGAGGAAACUGAUCUCAAAACUAAGAAAGUCACCUGUUGCCAUAAAUACUGAAGAUGCUAACGAACAACAUUACGAAGUACCAACGGAGUUCUUCUUGGAGUGUCUUGGCAAACGCAUGAAGUAUAGCAGUGCUUUGUGGCCUGACGGUGUAAAAACACUGGAUGAGUCCGAAGAUAGAAUGCUUGCUCUUGUCUGUGAACGAGCUCAAGUUGAAGAUGCGCAGAAAGUGUUAGAUCUUGGCUGUGGCUGGGGUGUCACUGGACUCUGGAUUCUUGAGAAAUAUCCCAACUGCACGGUCUUUUGUGUUUCAAACUCCAGAACACAAAAACAGUUCAUUGAAAGCCAAGCAAAAAGAAAAGGUUUUGCAGAUAGGCUGACCUGCAUAACUGCAGAUGCAAAUCUGUUUGAUACAAAUGAAAGAUUUGAUCGAAUUAUCUCAAUUGAGAUGUUUGAACAUAUGAAAAAUUAUGAAGUUUUAAUGAGACAGGUUGCUAAAUGGUUGAAGCCUGGUGGCUUACUGUUCACACAAAUCCUCUGUCACAGGGAAUUUGCCUAUGAGUUCAAGUCCAACAGAGGCUCUGAUACAGAAUGGAUGGCCAAGCAGUUUUUCUCUGGUGGUACAAUGCCAUCAUCAGAUUUCUUCCUAUAUUUUCAGAAUGAUCUAAUGAUUUUAGAUCAUUGGAACAUCAAUGGGAAACAUUAUAGCAAAACAUUAGAAGCGUGGCUUCGCAAGCUAGAUCAGAACAAGGGCAAUGCAAUGAAAGUUUUAGAGAAAGCUUAUGGAAAAGAUGCAGCACCACAACAUAUGUUCAACUGGAGAAUGUUUUUCAUGUAUUGUUCUGAAGUAUUCAAUUUUGAUAAUGGAAAUGAAUGGAUUGUUGCCCAUCAUCUUUUUAUGAAAAGACCAAAGGCACUUUUAUAAACAUUUUUCACUGAAAGAAAUUUUUCCAGAUCAUAAAAUACACUGUGCAAAAUGCAAAGAUAUGCAGAUUGAUCAAAAUAUUUCUGACAACAUUUAUAGGCAUUUAAUUGGAAUCAAACUUAGAUUAAAAAUGUGAUACUGUUUUUGUGUAUAGUACCAAUGAAAAAUUUUGGAAAUGAAUGGUAAUGUGUUUGGUUCUUGUUAAUAAUAAUAUCGGAUAUGAUUUGACAAGUUAAGAACAAAAUGUAAAUGUCUUAUAGUCAAAUAUGUUCUUUGCAUGCACUUUUUUACACAUAUUUUGCCAUACGGUGCUACCACAAAUCAUGUUUGAUACACUGCACCACUUCAUUGUUUCUUUUGCCUCUUCCCCUGAUAGUCCUAGCCUUUUCAAGUUUCCCAUCACAUCCUUAUGUAUGGUCCCAAGUGAUCCAAAACACAUAACACUGAUUCUUGUUGCAAUUCCAUUUUCAUUCAUUGAGUUUAUCAGUGGUUGAUGCUUAUUUUCUUUUUCUUGAUAGGAUGUAUCCAUAUACGAAUCAAAGCAGACAGUGACUUCAACAAUUUCACAUUCUCUCUUGUUCAUUUUUAUCUCUAGUAUAUCAGGCUUCCUUUGGUUUAGCUGUCAAAAUGCAUUUUUGAUGUGUGGAAAAGCUGUUUCUACCAUUUUGUUGACAAAUAACAUUGAUGUUAAAUUCUUUUUUUGGAUUUUUUGGCAUAAGAAUUCUACGACCCGAUGGUGCCUUUGGGAGUAUAAAUCUUUGUACUUUCUGCAGGAAUUCAUUAAAUGUGCCAUUGAUUCGGUCCUUUCAUUACACAUCAAACAUCGUUUAUCAUGAUCCUUAUUCCACAUAUAAAUUAGCUGAUAACAAGGAAUUUGAUUCAUAC